AUGUCGCUCUACUUUAUAGUUGUACUUGGUGAUGGUGGUGUUGGAAAGACGGCUUUGACGAUCCAGCUCUGCUUGAACCAUUUUAUCGAGACUUACGAUCCAACCAUUGAAGAUUCAUAUCGAAAACAAGUGGUCAUUGAUGACAAGCCAUGUGUACUUGAAGUAUUGGAUACUGCAGGCCAAGAGGAAUAUACGGCGUUACGUGACCAAUGGAUCCGAGAUGGCCAAGGUUUCUUGCUUGUUUACUCCAUAUCAUCGAGAUCAACCUUUGAACGCGUACCAAUUUACCGCGACCAGAUUUUACGUGUCAAGGACGUUGGAUCAAAUAUACCCAUGAUUUUGGUAGGCAACAUGUGCGACAAGAUCACUGAACGCGAGGUGUCUCGAGAAGAAGGUUUCCAAAUGGGAAAAAAGCUUGGUUGUGAGUUUAUUGAAACGUCGGCAAAAACAUGUGUCAACAUUGAGCGUUCCUUUUACACGGUCGUGAGAAUGAUUCGGCGCAUGCGUGAAGGUGCUGACCAACAUGGACGAUCCAAGAAGAAGAAUAAGAAAAAGUGCCCAAUUCUUUGA